GGCGUUUCUAACAGAGCGCAUUUGUGAACGAUUGGCUGUCUGGUGUCUACGUUCGCGCUGAUUGGCUGUAGGCGUGGUGCCAGAAUCUUACUGGUCGCGUCGGCGCAGUAAUCAUUCGCUUAGUCUCCGGCUCCCUGAAUUGAAGGGUUGAUGUCCGCGCACAGGCAUGUGGAGGGAGGUGGGGGAUACUAUGGAGGUGCAGGUGCCGAUGUGCUGGCCAGGCAGCGGGGGGAAGGUGAGGCAGCCUGGAGGACUGGAUAUUUCCCACAGGAGGCGGAGAGAAGCUGGGCCGGAGGAGGGACAGGGGGUGGAGCCCCGGGAGCUCAGAACUCAACAUAUUCCAGCUACAGUCCAAACAACUGGUCCUGUUCUGGCCAUCCACAGCAUCCAUAUCCCGCUAACUACCCUGCUGGAGAUCAGGUGCAGAGGAUGGAAUCUUAUACAAAUGGCUCCUAUGGAUCUCCUUAUGCCCCAAACUCUAUGAAUCCCACUUAUGCUUGUGUCCCUCAGCCAAAUCAGUACUACCCACCUCCUCCACAAGCCCCUUAUUCAGUCGAUCCCUACAAGCAAUCCGUGGGGAACCCUCAAGCACAACCUCAGUGGGGUUACCCUCCUCAGCACGGCUAUCAAGGUGUCUCCCAGAAUCCGCAGGGAUACUCACCAUAUGCCCCUCAUCAGCAGGAGACGGUGCCUCCCUACCAGUACCAAGAAGCAGCCUCUGGCCUCCACCAAGCAGCAAUGCCUCAGCACAGCCCCCAAGGUGAAGGCUGGGUUUAUGGUGUCCCUAACCCUUACCACUGGCCCACUGCUCCUCCAGUUCACCACAAUCCAGCUAACACUCAUUAUGUCUCCGGGGGCAGAGCAGGAUGGCCUGGAGCAGACAUACCAAAUGCUUCGUAUGAUCUAAAGGAUCCAUCGCAGGCCCCUAAUUACAACAGACAAAGACCUCCUUAUCAGUCCUACCACCCUGAGACACCCCAAACCGUUGCACCGUCUGAACCCAAGCCCAAUCCCCCAACUCCAUAUUACAGCGGCUCCCCCCAAAUGUACAACAGGAAGGAACCUCCAAGCCAAGAACCUGCCAGCAGAGCCAAAGAAGUUGAUCCUGAUCCCAUGCACAAUCACCCGGCCAUUGCUAAAAUUAACCAGGUUUUAGAGAAGGUGGUGGAUCUGGAGAGAGAGGUGGAUGAAUUUGUGGGGCGGAAAACCGACAUGAGUUACCGCUAUUUGGAAGAGCUGCUGACCAAGCAGUUAUUGGAAUUAGAUUCUGUAGAGACUGGAGGGCAGGAAAACAUCCGUCAGGCCAGGAAAGAAGCUGUGAACAAACUGCAGUCCAUCCUAGAAAGACUGGAGAGAAAGGGGUUUUAAUUGGACAAAAACCCUGCAAGGUCCCUUGGGAUAGACUGAAACAUAUGUGGGACUGUUUGGGACGCCCAGACAUGAUAGAAAUAUCUGGAUUUUAAUGACACCACCAGCAGCCAUUAGACUGAACUGUGUCCAUCUGGGAAAAGCAUGUACAGAAAGCACUAGGCUUGUCCCGAUAUCACAGAUAAUCCUAAUGGCAGAAGCAGGAUUUGUAUUUGUAAUAAUGUGGGGGAAAGGCAAACAACGUAAACUGCUCACCUAGGCAUUCAUUGUUAUUAUUAUUAUUAUGACAAUUUAAAAUGGCUUUCGUUAUACCAGAAACUUGAAGAACACAUCCCUGGAAAGACUUGAUUGAAAAGGGUCGGUUAUGUUAAAGGUACACUGCCAUCAUUCCUCUAGAAAGGAGCUGCCUCUGCUUCAUCCCUGCUCUGCUUCAUGGACCAGAAUGUAUGGGUAUGUUUUAUAUAUAUAUAUAUAUAUAUAGUUAAACCGCACACACUUUUUUUUCUUUAAUAUACGAAAAGUGGUUUAUUUAACGUUUCAGCCCUUCAGUCUUCUUUUUCCUGAAGACGGGCCGAGUUGAAGGGCUGAAACGUUGAAUAAACCACUUUUCAUAUAUUAAAGUGUGUGCAGUUUAAUUUUGGAAGGUACUGUAUCACAAUUCUCCCCUAUUCAGAAACAGCAUGUCGGUAGAACAAAAUACAUGCUGCCGUUAACUCGUGGAAAAUUCAUCUACUAAAUUAUGCAGCAGGGCAGCCCUGACCCUUAUCUGUUGCUGGGUGUAUUACUUCUAGUGAAUUUCUUGUGCACACAAUAAGGCCUAUGGCAUAUGUAACGUUUCUCCACCACCUUUUAACAACCAGAGAAAGGCCGGAUGCCUCUAUGCCACCUAUCACUUAAAUGAAUGUAAACUGGCCAUAGCUUUUUGGGACAAGGUUUCAACCCAAAAGCACAUUUGCAUGUUCUGCUGCUGGAACCGGCUAUUCAUGACAUUUGCCAGAGGAGAAAUGUUAAAUGUGUCACAUCUUUUAGGGCUGUUGGGAUUCUCAGCUGGCUGAAAAGUGGCAAAAACCACCCCGGUUUUCAUUAAUUUUAAAUGAAAGAAAAGGCAUCCCUGCGAAUUUAGAUAUGACAGAAUCCCUCAAAAUAACCUAUUGAGUAAUAUGUGCUCGCUGAUAAUCCUGAGCACCCCCACCACUGGUGCUGGAGAAAUGAAAACGGUCGCUGGUUACUUUCUGUGUUGAGGAGCCAAUGAGAAAGAAGUAUAUAUGGUAAUUACAUUGACGUCACGCUUAGGUGAAAUGUAUACUCAUUUCAAUUGGCUCCCCAAUGCAUAAGAGCAGCCACUGCUGGACUAUCAGGGGUGCGCUGGUCUGGGCUUCGAGAUGCCAUAUCUUUUGAUAGGUAUGUUAUAAUGUAGUUUUUAAUGAAUUCUCCAUAACUUUACUGAGACUUCUUCUCAUCAUUUAAAUGGGAAAUGCCUGAAAUAGCCAGUGCAGAUACUUUUUAGCCCGAAAACAAUUUUAGGGUUGAAAAGCACCUCUACCAGAGAUUUCAGGCAGUUCAAGAGAAUGAGAACCAAAGGAGGUGCUACUGAGAAUCACUUACGUGUGCCAUAAGCCUUACUACCUGGGAUCAUGUUUAUCUGUCAAACAGAGUUUAAACUAGUGAGGAUCAAGCUGUAUCUGCUGGGUACAGAUCUACAGAGGAGGCUUAGGCACCUGCCUUGUACACAGCCAGUUAGAUGUCUAAAUCAUUGUUGGGUCCAUAGCCUUCAGCCCAGGCACAGCUGGUAGCAUCUUCCCAGGGACUAUCGAGUAUUCCUUGCAGCCAUAUUGUAAAGAGAGCGUCUUGGAUUAUGUUCUAUCAUGUGCCUACUUGUUGUGCAUUGAUUAAGUAAAGCCACCUAUCAGACCCUUGUGUAAAAAAAAAAAGAAGCUAUUUAUAAGAGAUGAUGGGGCACAGCUAUCUUCUUUAGGACUCCCUCCUGCCCAAAGACUUCUAUCGCCAGCCUUGUGUUAGGGAAAUCUUAUUUAUAUUGUAUAGCGUGUGCAGAAUGGAGGCCAGUACGGGAACCUAGAGAUUUGGGGUUAUCUUGUAAAGAAAAAAAAAUGACAAUCUUAAAUGUUGUUAUAAUGAUCUUAAUUAGUUACAAAGAGAAAACUCAGGAAAAUGGUGUUGUCACAUGAUUCAAGUUGUCCGACCUUAUUGCAAAGUAUAGCGUAACGUAUGACAAAAGUAUACAAAUCACUGUUGCCCUAUCCUACAAAUCCUUUGAAGCUCACUAAGCGUUGUGCUGUUUUGGGCUAAAGGUCGUUAGCUUGCACUGGGGGAAAUUUAGAUUAUCCUGUAAAAAAUGUAAAAAGACAUAAACCUGUUACAUUUGCUAAAUAAAGCCAUAUUUGAAUGAA